CGACACUGCAGUGACAGCCGCUCUCUGCUAACGUUACCAGUCGGGCUCAGAGAAAGCACUAGGAGGAAACAGGGGCUGCACAAUUAACAACAGUACAAACAAGGAGAGGCAACACGAGCAGGGAAAACAAAGCGGUUUUUGUUCCGAGGAGCACCUGAGUUGCCUUUUGCUGUCUUUACAAACCGGGAGAAACGAGUGAAAACGCCGUUUGCAAGGUGGACAGUCGGCUGCCUGGUCACUCGUGGUAACUCUCCGCCAUGCCUUUCCCCUUUGGCAAGUCCCACAAGUCGCCGGCGGACAUCGUCAAGAAUCUUAAGGACAGCAUGACGGUGCUCGAGAAGCACGACAUCUCGGACAAAAAGGCAGAGAAGGCUACAGAGGAGGUGUCAAAGAGUCUCGUGGCCAUGAAGGAGAUCUUGUAUGGGACUAAUGAAAAAGAGCCCCAGACAGAAGCAGUGGCCCAGCUCGCCCAGGAACUCUACAACAGUGGAUUACUCAGCACCCUGAUAGCAGACCUGCAGCUCAUCGACUUUGAGGGUAAAAAAGAUGUGGCUCAGAUUUUCAACAACAUCCUGAGGCGUCAGAUCGGUACUCGGACACCCACGGUGGAGUAUCUUUGCACCCAGCAGAAUAUUCUCUUCAUGCUGCUUAAAGGGUAUGAGUCUCCAGAGAUUGCACUGAACUGCGGUAUCAUGCUGAGGGAGUGCAUCAGACAUGAGCCACUGGCCAAAAUCACACUGUGGUCAGAACAAUUCUACGACUUCUUCAGAUAUGUGGAGAUGUCCACAUUCGACAUCGCCUCAGACGCAUUUGCCACUUUCAAAGACCUCCUUACAAGACACAAGCUACUCAGCGCAGAGUUUCUGGAACAACAUUAUGACAGAUUCUUUAGCGAAUAUGAGAAGCUGCUCCACUCAGAAAACUACGUGACUAAAAGGCAGUCCCUCAAGUUGUUGGGGGAGUUGCUCCUCGACCGGCACAAUUUUACCAUCAUGACAAAAUACAUCAGCAAGCCAGAGAAUCUCAAACUCAUGAUGAACCUGCUACGGGACAAGAGCCGCAACAUCCAGUUUGAGGCCUUCCACGUUUUUAAGGUGUUUGUGGCCAACCCGAACAAGACACAGCCCAUCCUUGACAUCCUGCUGAAGAACCAGACCAAACUCAUCGAGUUUCUGAGCAAGUUCCAAAACGACAGAACAGAAGACGAACAGUUCAACGAUGAAAAGACUUACCUGGUCAAACAGAUCAGGGAUCUUAAGAGGCCUGCACCCCAGGAGGCCUGAGACAAAGAGCGUGCGGAGGUUUUAUCGGGGGAGCCACCAGGACCAUGUCUGGACAACAUCCAGGCAACAUUUGCUUAACGGACCCCAUCAGCAGCUGCUGUUCUGGUUUCUGAACAAAAUUUAGGAAACAGUAAAAAAAGAAAAGGAAAAAAAGAAAAAGAACAAAUUUACUCGUAUCAACUCGUCAGGAAGUCGCCAGCUCCUCUGCUCCCCAGAACUUUUUUCUUUUUGUUCCUUCCAGUCUUUUUCCUUCAAAAGAGAAAAUAAUAGUUGCUGCUGCUUUCUUGCACAUCGAGACAUUUACGGUAAAUUAUAUUGACACAACAGCCCAUCAAACAUAGUGGCAGAAAAUGUCCGUGCAUUUAAAGUAAGGCAAACUUCCUGCAACAAAAAUAGACCCGUUUACACAAACAUGCGUAUUACAAAAAACACAUGCAUACGCACAUGCUGCAAGAAUGUCACCUAACAUCUUGGAAAUGGUACGAGCAAGUUGAACAUUGGUGUGUGUGUGUGUGGUUGUUGCAUGCCUCGAAAUGUGACAGAUCCAUUGCUGUGCCCGGCGUCGGCUCUGUGAUGGCCUGCCGAGCCCGGCACCCACGUUCAGUGCCACAAACUCUGAAAUUUGUGUGCAUCACAGCAACAUGUAUGUCUUCAUUCAACAAAGCAACAGCGGCUCAUUUUACAGGGGCAAACUCAGACGCCAUCACACCGUUUACCUCCCGUGCGCUUCGUCACCACAGGGCACAUGAAGCACAGGCACAAAGCAGGGAGGCAGGAAAGGUAUAAUUCUGGUGAAGCCCAAGACGUGGGCGUUUUUAUUGUUUUCUGGGACAGGAUGAACAUGUACAUAUGCCUUUUUUCUUUCUUUUCUUUUGCUUUGUAGAUUUUUGUUUAACCUUGACAUAUGAAUAUAUAUUAUAUAUAUAUUACCUUAAACAUCAUGUUUUCGGUUAAUUGUAAUCAAAUUGCUUUCUAAACCAUAAAAAAAACAACAAAGGUUAAGUGACAUUGUUUUUGCAUUUCAUUUUACUGCUGAUUGCUGGUGGGUUUCUUUGUACAUACUUUGAAGGGCCAGCUCACAUUUAGCUAACCUUAUAGGAUAUUAACAAUUUGUCCAGCAGAGGAAUGUCAUUGUAUUAGCUCUGGAUCUCUUAAUCUUCUUUUUAUUCUCCAUCUACAUUUUUGAGUAUUUCAGACUCAGACUGCUGAAUAUGUGCUGGGGGGGACGGGGUGUAGGCGCAGAGCAUUUACUGAAACAUUAAAGCCUGUGUGUUUGUGCACUUUGUGAAGUACUGGAUGAUCAGCAUCACUUAACUGGAGUUAGGGUGAUGAUGAUUUUCCCAGUUUCUUCAUUAACUUUUUUUUCAUUCAACCCCUUUCUCACUGCUUGGCAUGAGGCCCUGGAGUGCUGUGCAGCCCCACAGUGAGUGUAUUUCAGGGGUGAUCUCAUUAGGACUUUGGAAACUCAGCACAUCUUUCCACAUUCUUACCCCACCCCCUCCACCCUUUUUUUUUUUUUUUUCCUUGUGUUUGAGCCUGUCUCUUCAGAGGGUUGAUAUAAUUCCAGUACAAUUGUGAGUGUAAAGCAUUGUGGGUAGCAGAGUACUUUGGGCAUCUUGGAUUGUCCUCAUGGUGCUGAGCAAAACUGAUGAAACCACAGAUUUUUCUGCAUUUACACUGAACUCGGUCAGCGUGUUAUGGAAAACACAUUCAAGCAAUUUAGACAGAAACCAGAAGCCCAUAGUUCCUCCAUGAGCAUUGAACAAGCAUGUCGCUCCACUGGCUGUGCAUGAUGCUGUACUAAAGAUGUUGUACUGGAAUUGGUUUUUCCAGCUAUUUAACAACAUUGAAAUGUCCAGUUGAACUCUUGGCUACAUGGCUGUACGCUGGCUUUGACUCCAGUUUCAGCAAAGAGCGUGUGGGUGCUUUCAAAAGUGUCAAAGGCUUGGGCCCUACAAUCGAAAUAAAGGAAUAAAAACAAAACAAAAACAAAAAAAACCAUUUGGAAUAAAACAAAGCCUGUUGUUGCUUUCUUCCUGACUAUCAAA